AUGAAAACACAUGAAAAGUUGCCAGCCAGUGUACAAUUGCCUCGUCGAUACUUGUCCUUGUAUUCAAAUAUAAUAGAUGGCUGUAAUGAUUCAAAUAUAAUUUAUUUGGACGAUUAUAAUACAAAUGCAUCAUUACCAUUAUACCAUAUUGAAGAGGGACAAUACAUAUGCCUUGUUGGAAAUAUCUUCAUUGGAUCAGAUUCCGACAUUAUUGGCCUUGCAGCCUUCCCAGACAACAAAUAUGAUUUUGAAUAUUCUGAUCCUAUUCAAAAUCCACUUGUUUCUAUUGCAAAGGAAGAAAAUCUUUAUCUUACGUCAAAUUUUCCAAUCACAAGAAUUAACUGCAAAGACACAACAAAGAAUUGCACAAUACAAGUGGCAUCGUUGCCACCAUCUUGUCACGUAAAAGAUAAAAAUCCAUUAGAUGAAAAAAUCUAUGAAUUUUCCCUUAAAGUCGUUCUAGAUACAAAACGACAAGGAAACUACACUUUCAAACAAUAUACCCAGGUUAAUAGAGAAAUACCCAGAAUCUUUAGUACAACUGGUGUUUUCAUUUCAAAAAGUAAUAGAACAUUCAAAUAUUCGGAAAGGGGUGAACCAAAAAUAGAUUCCUACCCACAUAAUUUUUUAACCGCAUCUGACAAAAUGAUGUAUAGAAUGCAUACGAUUGAGCUUAGGGUCGAAAAUACAUCUGAAGAAAUAUAUGAACUCAAUUUUAAAUAUGGUGAGAUUCCAGAUACAGAAACUCAGGAGCCAUUUUUGUUUAGAGAAGAUCUCAGUCUCACACUUCCUACUAAAUAUUGA